AUGGAAGUGGACUCCUUCAUUCCGACUUCGCCUUCCCCCGUGGGACCGGCCAGUUCCCCAUCCGCGGCCAGCGAGCUCCGCAAUGAGCUCGCCAGCGCUGUCUGGUCGAUUCCACACCUUCGCGAGACGUUCUUCUCGUACCUCUCCGUCCCACAGGCUGUCAAGUUUAUGACCUUGUCGCGCGAGACGUUUCAGACGGCCGCUGAGAAGAUCCACGGUAACCUCAACUUCAAUGCCUACAUGCAGCGCAGCUUCCACACUGUGGCUUUCAUUCCCGAAGAGCGCCGCCACUUCUACAUGAACUGUGUCAAGACAAUCGACUUUACAGGUUCUCUCCCGUCCUGUCAUUUCUUCCCCGGAGGCUUCCCCACACUUCUCAACACCUGGCCUCUCCUCCGGACCAUCAAGUGUGGCGUACUCUCAGCCAACCGUCGUGAGAUCCCUACCGACGACGGCAAGGUCAUCCAGACGUGCACCGUAACCAAGACGAUUGACCUGCUCCUCGGGCGCUGGAGGGGAAGCUACGAGCACCACCUUCCCGAGCAGUGGGACGUCACCAUCCAGUACGAGACAACACUCCUCUGCGGAACCGAGAUUUGGAACAAGCUCCAGAUGAACAGCAUCCCUCGUGCCCUCAAGUUACCCAUUUCCAACCUCGAGUGGAACCUCAGCGACAACCAAACGUACGGCAACGAAGGCCUGCAGAAGCUUGUUGAAUUGCGCGCCAAUAAAGAGUUGGCCCCCAUCGAGAACAUCCACCUUCGCAACGCGUCCAUGUACUGGCGUGCAUUCAACGAUCUCCCCAGCAUCAUUGGCGCCACCACCAAGAACCUCUCAUGCGUUGUUGCCCUCGUCCACGAGCUCACGGACAGCCAUGAGGACACUCACGGCGGCGAUACCGAUGCUGAUGAGAGUGACGAUGGAUCCGAGGGCGGCGAGGAUUGGCUGCAGAAGUAUGGCCUCGGCGACACAACCAGCCUCGCCAACAUUUUUGUCGAUUUCGACUGGGCAGCUUUCCCUGUACUGGAGACUUUCCACAUGAGGGUCGAGGUCUAUGUCCAGGACCUGUCCAGCGUCAAGCGCCUCUGCCACCGCGUCGGCACGACCAACCUCGAUCUCCCUCCACCUGUCUAUCUCGGCCGCUGCCUCAACCUCGAAUUCAUGAGCAUCUUCGUCGAGCUCAACUUCAAGACGGGCAGCCACAAUUGCGAAUGGACAUACGAGACUUGGCCCGUGGACUGCUUCCCCGAUCCCGAGUUCUUUGCCAAGCAGCUCCUCGCUGUUGGCGGUCUUGGUUGCGAGUACACCAUCCACUUUGGAGCGCUCGACGACGACGGCGAUGACGCACUUGAACAAGCUGGCAUGGUUUACCGUUACCUCGUGUACAAGGCCAUCACCAAGUUCAAGCUCGGCAAGGUCGGUUGGCGCAAGGGCGGAGGCGUCCCUGCUCCCAAGGUCGCGGCGGACACGUCUGCUGGCAAGAAGCGCAAGUCGAGGGCCUGA